AUGAAAAUCAAUCAGACGAUAUCGAUUUCAACGAGCAAAGCCUUGCUGGUGCCAUAUGAAGCCCACCAUGUUCUCACUUACCAUGAGUGGAUGAAAGACCCAGCAAUUCAAGAGGCCACUGCGUCAGAACCUAUGACAUUGGAAGAAGAAUAUGAAAACCAAGAGUCAUGGCGGACAUCUCAUGAUAAACUGACCUUUAUUGUCUGCGAGCCAUUAAGCGGGGCGGCAAGCGAUGAAGCACGACAAAUCAAGGCUCAAGUCGACGAUUCACCCGACAAAAUGAAAGGAGACAUCAACUUUUUCCUCUAUCUAGCUGACGAGGACGAUGAUGACGAGGUUGCCGAGCCAAGAGAGAGCAGCACGAUACGUCUGACAGGCGAAGUAGACGUCAUGAUAGCAAAUACGCAGCAUCGCGGGAAAGGCGUGGGAGAAGCCGCAGUGCGAUCAAUAUUGGCAUACAUACGGAGAAAUCUACCGGAAAUACUGAAUGAAUAUGCACAAGGCGAGAAGCUGGACGUGGAGAAGGUACAGCUAGUUGGAUUGAUGGCCAAGAUUAAGCAGGAGAAUACGGGAAGCAGGGCGCUGUUUAAGAAGCUGGGGUUCAAGCAGGAGGGGGAGGCGAAUUACUUUGGGGAAGUGAAGAUGGUGAUUGACUGGAAGGAGAGUGAGAGUGAGGACAUGGCCGAGGGUUUGGAGUAUCGAGAGCUGGAGCGCUACCAACUGCACACACAGUACGUACCCACCACCCGCCGACCGCCCGCCAAUCCGAAGCCUCCAAAAUUUCAACACCAUCUCAACCUCGAAACCUCGAAACCAUCCAUCGCAACAUCCAAACAAACCCCCACCAAUUCGCUCCAGACAGCACUCGACACCCUCUCCAUCGAGUUCGCUGGAAUCUUCCAAAAUGAAUUCCAUCGUCCGCCUCGCGCGGCCACUCCUCGCCCCGCGCAUUUCCGCCCUCUCGCAACGGACAUACACAUGCCUCUCUCCUCUCCGUCCUACAUUGACCUCAACUUUCCGCCCCAACAACUCCUUCACGCCCUCCCUCACAGCGUCACCGACAGCAGCAACCUCACCGGAAUCCGCAGCAGACCUCGUGCCCACGGCGGCAGUAUCCUCGCAUCCCGCCCUGCAAGGACUGCAGCUGCGCUUCGGGCCCCGAAAUACCAUGAACGGCCACACGAGGCUGGUGCAGAAGCGGAGACAUGGGUGGCUGAAGAGGACGAGGAGUAA